GGGGAGCCCCCGGGCCGGCGCCGCCCGCUGAGCCGCAGCCACCUUCCGGCGGACCCUCGGGACUCUGCGCCCCGCGCCGCAGAUUAACCAAAGGCAAGAGAGGCUACUCUGUCCGCGUUCUGUGUGCCACUCUCCGCGAGACCCCACGACAGACCCCAGGCCCACGUCCCCUGCACUCCCAGACCCCUGCCCAGCCCCAGACAUCGCUCUGGGGUCUGCCUGAGGCCUGCAGUGUGAAGAUGCCCAGCACCUUCCUAGCAUGACGACCCUGGACCAUGUGAUCGCCACCCACCAGUCCGAGUGGGUCUCCUUCAAUGAGGAGCCACUCUUUCCCAUCCCUUCUGAGGGGGGCCCCAAAGAGCAAGUCCCAGGAGCCUCCUCUUCCUCAGACCAGUCCGAGAGCUCCUCCGGGGAGCACCAUGUCUUGGAUGGAGGCUCUCAGGACCUUUCCCACUCAGAGCACGAUGACUCUUCCGAAAAGCUGGGCCUCAUCUCUGAAGCGGCCUCGCCUCCUGGGAGCCCCGAGCGGCGCCCACCUGACCUGGUCUCGGCCAUCAGCAGCUGGGUUCAGUUUGAAGAUGAUGCACCCUGGGCCAGCUCAUCACCACCUCCUAAAGAAGCAGGGGGGACAGCCACGUCACUGACCAUGCCCUGCUGGACCUGCCCUUCCUUCGACUCCCUGAGGAGAUGCCCCCUGCCCUCCGAGAGCAGCUGGACCACACGUUCUGAAGACACCAGCAGUCCUAGUUUUGGCCCCUCAUACACAGACCUGCAGCUCGUCAGUGCUGGGGAGCAGAGUGGCCUGGCUUCCGGGGCCGACUCGACAGACAAUUCCUCUUCUCUGCAGGAGGAUGAAGAGGUAGAGAUGGAGGCCAUCAGCUGGCAAGCCGGCAGCCCGGCCGUGAACGGACACCCCGCCACACCAGUGACCUCUGCGCGUUUCCCCAGCUGGGUCACUUUUGAUGACAAUGAAGUCAGCAGCCCUUUGUCCCCCAUCACGUCUCCCCUGAAGCCAGAAACACCGCCUCUUGCCUCUGUGACCCCAGAUGGACCUUACAACUCAGCAGGGUCAUUUAAGAAGCGGGAGCGGCCCAAGAGCACUUUGAUGAACUUCUCCAAAGUUCAGAAGCUAGACGUGUCCUCCGUGAGCCAUCCGCCUGCCGUGCCCGAGGCUCCGCCUUGGAGGGCCACCAAUCCUUUUCUGAAUGAGACGCUGCAGGAUGUACAGCCAUCCCCCAUCAACCCUUUCCGGGCUUUCUUUGAGGAGCAGGAGAGGCGAGCCCAGAACAGUUCUGUGUCCGGUACCCCAGGCAAGAGCCAGAGGGAUUCCCUCAUUGUCGUCUACCGGGACGCCAUCAGUUUUGAUGACUCAAGCCGCAGCCAGUCACGCUCGGAUGCUGUGGAAAAACUCAAGCGGCUCCAAAUCGAGGAUUCCGAUCACGUCGGGGGUGCGACGCUCCCUGAUGAUGACCCGACCGCCUGGACUGAACUGGAUGAGGACCCAGCCGGCUCCGAGCAGUCCCCGCCCAGAGAUGGGUGGCCCAUGAUGCUUAGGAUCCCCGAGAAGAAGAACAUCAUGUCCUCCAGGCACUGGGGACCCAUCUACGUCAAACUGACGGCCGGUGGUUACCUGCAGCUCUAUUAUGAGCAGGGCCUGGAGAGGCCAUUCCGUGAGUUCAAGCUGGAGAUGUGCCAUGAGAUUUCCGAACCCCGGCUCCAAAACUACGAUGAGAACGGGAGGAUCCACAGCUUGCGGAUAGACCGCGUCACCUACAAGGAGAAGAAGAAGUACCAGCCUAAGCCCGCCGUGGCCCACUCGGCCGAGAGGGAGCAAGUCAUCAAGCUGGGCACCACCAACUACGAGGACUUCCUGAGCUUCAUCCGGGCGGUUCAGGACCGCCUCAUGGAGCUGCCCGUGUUGUCCAUGGAGCUGAGCACGGUCGGCCUGAACUACUUGGAAGAGGAGAUGACGGUGGACGUCCAGGACGAGUUCUCUGGCCUGGUGAGCAAGGGGGACAACCAGAUCCUCCAGCACCGCGUCCUGACACGGGUCCACGUGCUGAGCUUCCUCUCGGGCCUGGCCGAGUGCCGGCUGGGUCUCAACGACGUCCUGGUCAAAGGGAACGAGGUGGUGUCCCGCCAGGACAUCGUGCCCACCACCACCACCAAGUGGAUCCGGCUCCACGAGUGCCGCUUUCACGGCUGCGUGGAUGAGGACGUGUUCCGCAGCUCGCGCGUCAUCCUCUUCAACCCUCUGGACGCCUGCCGCUUCGAGCUCAUGCGGUUCCGGACGGUGUUCGCCGAGAAGACCCUGCCCUUCACGCUCAGGACGGCGGCGAGCAUCCACGGGGCGGAGGUGGAGGUGCAGAGCUGGCUGAGGAUGUCGGCGGGCUUCUCCUCCAACUGGGACCCCCUCACCCAGGUCCCCUGCGAGAAUGUGAUGGUCCGCUACCCCGUGCCCAGCGAGUGGGUGAAAAACUUCCGCAGGGAAAGCGUCCUGGGGGAGAAGUCUCUGAAAGCCAAAGUGAACCGGGGGGCAAGUUUUGGCUCAGCCAGCAUCUCUGGCUCUGAGCCGGUCAUGAGAGUCACCCUGGGGACUGCCAAGUACGAGCAUGCCUUCAAUGCCAUCGUGUGGAGGAUAAACCGACUGCCUGACAAAAACUCAGCUUCUGGUCACCCACACUGUUUCUUCUGCCACCUUGAACUUGGCUCGGACCGGGAAGUGCCUUCCAGAUUUGCCAAUCACGUGAACGUCGAGUUCAGCAUGCCUACAACGUCUGCCUCCAAAGCUGCUGUGAGAUCCAUCUCGGUGGAAGACAAGACGGAUGUCAGGAAGUGGGUCAAUUAUUCCGCACACUACAGCUACAAGGUGGAAAUUGAGCAAAAGAAGAGUUUGAAGCUGGACUUGGAAGGAGACGACUUGGAAAAUCCCAAGGAGUGUGGGGUCCAGUGAUGAGGCUGUCUUGCAGGGGGUUCCUGACCCCAGCAGCACCAUAGGAUGUCUUCCUGAAUAGCUGAAAUUCAAGUCAGUACCUAGCACGGCUCCUCCCUGCGGGGAACAGUGUAUGGACCCUCCUGUUUGUAGUUACCUGUAUUCUAACAGGGAACCCUAAGGUGGCUGCCUGGGAGAGGCUCUGACUAUGCUUGAGGCACACGGGUCACCUGGCCUGUGGAGCUUACGGUAUAAUUAAGCCUCCCUCCACUCUCGCUUAUCUCAAGGCUCUUGGGUAUGGCUUGUUGCAACUGAUAAUAGUCAGGAAAAGAAAUCCACCCCCCCAUCAGUGUUGGCGUGAUUUCUUCCUGAUGUUCAUCUGUCAAUCAAUUUCUGGAAAACAGUUUCUUGAGAAGUUAAUUAACCAAGACUCCACCUCCAUCACUCUCUCUAGAGAAAAAAUGACAAAAGGUACAAAACCAAUUUCUUCUCUGGGUCUGCUAGACCUUUCUUAGGUGUCUCCAUGCUUCAAAUGUUAGCACUAUGCAAGAAGGAAGUUUCUGAAAUGUUUUCUUCCAGGUUCGAGAUUGAAACACUUUUUCCAUCUUUCUAAAGUGUCAGUCCCAGGGUUCACCAUCCUGAGUCACAAUAGACAAUGGGGAAAAAGGCACAAUAGGAUGCUUUUAAAUUCUGUAAUUAGCCCUGUAUUCUGGAAAGAGUGGCUGUUGAACGGAAAGCAAAAUUGAGCUAUUUUUCUUCGUUCUGGGGAAAAGGAAUAUUCAUUUUGAGAUAAUAUUCAUUUCAGGAGACAGCUUCAAUCUCAGUGAUUUUCUAAAUUCACACUGAAAAAUAGAUGCCAUUUCUGACUCCUGAAAUAAAUGGAUACAUAUAUCUCAGGCAUUUGUCAAGGGCAUUUUGGGAACUCCAUUUUAUACCUCAUAGCCAGUAGACACCUUCGUGUCUCUAACUCAGACUUUAUAGGAAAUGUAAUUUGAAAAGAUCAUUUUAAAAGUUGUUUCAAAAUUAAGCUUGUAUGAGCUUUUCCUAAAAAUUCACAGUUUGAUAAUCACAGUAUUCUAAUAGAUCUGAAAGGCAGAAAACUCUAGGGUAGAGAUAGGGGAAAGCCAUAUUUUUCUAAUGUUGGGAACCUUAAAUCCUGAUUCCAAGAAUCUAGGACACUCAAUAUUCUUUCUCUUCAUCUGCUCCUGCUCAUAUUCUGUACCUCCACAUCCCAGAGGGAAUGCUAGGAUCAACAAUUUAAAGGCAGUUUUUAUUUGCCUUCUUAGUUCUCUGAUGAAGAAGAGAGUAAGGGGGGCAGAAAGUAUGCCUAUCAGAUUUAUAGAUGACCCAGAAGUAGACAUAUAUAUCUAGUCUGUUGACUAGUAGAUUCAGGAUUAAUUCAUCCCAUGAAUAUUCACUGAAUUCUAACUAUGUACUGACAUUAGGAUACAGAAAUCAUUGUAAUUUUUGAAAUAUGUGAACAUAAGACUGAAACUAAAAGGAUAAAAUUGAACAGGCAUUAACAAGAGACUCCCACACUCUGAGUUUCUUAAAUGCAACCUUCUGAGUAUAGACGAGGGCGCCUAUGUGUGUACGGAUGUGUGUGUUAAUGGGAAAGGUGUUAGAAAGUCCUGGUUUCACAGCAGUUUUUGUAGAAAUGUUUUCUUAGGGAAAUGUGAGUUCAGUUUUGAGUCAGGGGUAUAUCAUGGCUAAACUAACACAUUCAGCCUGUGGUGACAGAAAUCUAGGGAGCCCUGCACGCGACACAGCUCAGGCCUCAUCUGGUGGAGGACUGGGUUCAGUUCUGGAAACCACAUUUUAAGAGAGACAUUAAUAAAUUAUUGCAUCCAGGGCCAGGUGGCCAGGAUCGUGAAGAGUCUGAUUAUACGUGGAAUCAGGCAAUAGUUCCCCUGAAGAACAGACGGUAUAGCUGCAAAUGGAAAAAGAGGGGAUGAUAUAAUAGCUGCCUUGAAAUCUCCAUUGAACUAUAAAAGGGGAGAGGAACUGGGCUUUUCCUGUGUUGCUUCAAAGGGCAAAAAGAGGAGCUUUAUAGAUGACAGAUGCUUGCUUCAACACAAGAAAGAACUUUGCAAUAAGAGUUAUUCUAAAGAGGAAUGGACUCAAGUAGUAGAAUUUCCAGUUGCUAUAGACACCCAAACAAAAGCUAAAAUAUCCCAUCGCUCCUAAAUGCCAUGAAAGGGACUCUAAGAUUGGAUGUAGGCAAGAUUCUUACCAAGAUACCUUCUACACAGACGUUUAGUUUCAAUAGUAAUGGGACUCUAACUCUAGUUGUUUUUAGUUUCUAAGUAGCUUUUCAUGCUCUUUGAAAUAUGGUGGGUUCCUCUAGAGGUCUUUGUCAAGUGGGGGGACUCCAAGGCAUAGUCCUUCCCUUGUUGUGCUAAAAGCUCAUGAGGAUUUCUCAUAGACGUGUUGAGAUGGGUGGAAGAGUUGCCAAGGUCAAGCAUAUUCCAGCACCUUCUUUAGCCAAGGUUAGAGCCCAUGCACCCUCACAAGAGCUCUGCUUCACCUGCUAGCAUCACAUAUGUAUUGGUGGUUGGACCCUUUUUUCCUGUUGGUUAAUUCUCAUUGCCUUUGUGCUUUACCUGGAUAUAAAUAUUUUUUUUAAACCAAGGGUUGGAAAACUUCCUUCCACGCUAUCUGCAUUCAGCAAUCAAAUUAUCAUUCAUUUUAAAAAACUUAACACCUUGAUUUCAUCAGAUUUGUUUUCACUCUACUGUUUUUUAGAAACUGUUUAUGGGUAGCAUUUAGGGAAUUGCAAAAUGUAAGACUACUUAUUUUUAGAUGUAGUUUCUAUGUAGUUUUGUUAAUAACCUACAUAGAAAACACAGUUGGACAAAUACCUUUUUGAUAUGCAGAUUCUAAGUUUGCCACCCUGGACUUCUAUUUUGUGUGUCUAUAGACACACAAAUAUUUCUUUUCUAUGUUGUCAAUAAUGUGAAAAUACUAGAAGUGAAUUCAUUUUACCAGUACACAGUCUGUUGCUAUUAGAACAUAAAUUAGAUGUCCCUUGAUAUCAAGAGCUAUGCUUUUUUUUUGAGGCUGGUGACUUGCUUUAUGACUUCAUAGUAAAGGAAGAUAAGAAAUGCUCUCAUUGUGAUAUGUCAGACAAGAGAAUAUGAGGUGCUUUGGGGGGAAAACCCCCUUUGCCACUCUUACUCUUGGGAAUAUAGUACUAGUUACGUCUUCUCAAAAUUUUGUAUUUCACUUAAAUAUAAUCUGGACAGAUUUUUUCUUUUUUUUUUUUUCUAUUUUGUCCUCUGCCCCCCACCUGCCCUGACCGUCCUGCAUUAUUGUCAGGGUUCAUAACCCCUGAGAACAUUAUUUUGGGGGGCACUGCAUGGCUUGCAGAAUCUUAGUUCCCUGACCAGGGAUUAAACCUGGGUCACCACAUUGAAAGCUCUGAGUUAUAACCACUGGACUGCCAGGGAAUUCCUGAGAACGUUGUUUAAUGUAAAAUAUUUCUUAUUUGAAAUGAGAGUAAUUUCUUUUCAGAUCUUAACAGAUGAGGGCAGGAGCUUCAAAGUGUUAGCCGCUCAUUCGUGUCUGACUCUUUGCAACCCCUGGACUGUAGCCCGCCGUACUCCUCUGUCCAUGUCCUAGAUUCUCCAGGCAAGAAUAUACUGGAGUGGGUCCCUAGAAAUUCACAUUCCCAAGAAAUGUGACUCAUGGAAGCAAGAAAUAUAUCAUUCUUUCUUUCUACUAUCUAGCACCAAACUUGGAAUGUAAUAAAUUUCACCUACCUUAAAUCCAUGCCUACAAGACAAAUAUAUUCAUGUAAUAAAGAAAAAUUAUUAGGUAUUCAGUAAAUGUUUGCUGAAUGAAUACUGACCCUGAGACUCCAAGACUGCCUAACCCUUCCUUAUCAUCAGACACUUCACCUUAAAGCGUACAAGCAUGCUUUCAUUUCCUGGAGCACUUAAGUCAUUUCUUUUCUUGCCCCCACUGUCAACUAAUAACUGUCAGCACUUAAGCACUUAAUGUGCAGCUGAACUUAAACUACAGUGAACCUUAUUCAUGUUGAAAAACAUUUUUAUGCCCAAAGAUAACAGCAGCAUAGAUGCUGUCAACAGUCUGGAUUACUGAUUCAGUUUUGUUCUUGCAAGUCAGAGAGCUCUGUGAGCCUGAGCCUUGUCUAUUCGAAUGGUCAGUGGGAGAAGGAAGCAUUUACUAGAAUCAUGGGCAGUCUUGGUGUGCGAGGUCUUUUUGUUUUCCCUAACAGUAACCACUCACCAGUGUCACUGUGUAUUUAUUUUGUAUCAUAGUAAGGAAGCCUGAGAUAGUAAGCUGAAACUUUUGAAGUAACAUCAGGAUUUCAGAACUGCUUUAAAUCUCUUAGGUGUUGUGGUGGUGGGAAAACAGAAUGAUCUGAAAUUUUCCCUCCAACUCUUGAACAUAUUAAGUUGAUGUGAAUAGGAAGUGCUGCCAUCUAGCCUACUUUUUAAAAUUUUCUCAGUUGGCAAUGGUAACUAACUAUUCUAUGAAUGAUGAUUGUAAGUUAAUUCUGACAUAUCUAGAGUUUAGGUCAUGUUAAAAAUGCAACAGGAACUUCAAACAAAACUGGCCAAAAAACUAAAUCCACAAAAAAUAUCAUCCAAUAAAGGAAUUAUCUCUUAACAUUUCACUACAGGUGUCAUCCGAACCAUGACAGCUCUUAUGAAAUUAGUCAUAGCAUUCUCACCAACUUCUAAACGUGCUUUCUAAACAUUACCAAUCUUUAAGUGCCAAUUCCCUACAAGUCACCAUUUCUUCAUUUCUUAAUUAUGUUCUUUGUAAAUGAAAGUUGCUUUCGAUAUUGUGACUCAUAUUUAUGUAUUUAAGGAAUUAAAAGUGAAAGAGAUGUAUAAGGCAGUCAACAAUGUAGAAAAUAAAUGUGUGUAUCAGUAGUAUUCUCCCAUGUAUUCACUAAACCAGGAAAAUGGAAUUUUUACAUUUCUACUACUGUGCCUUAGCAAGUCUGGUUAAGAGUCUAGUUCUUUAAACAACUGGAAAAAAAAAAAGUAUCUCUGAAUUUGUAAUAUUCCAGGCCUGUAAAGGCAGAAAAUAUCCAUAGUAAUGUGUUUGGUAGUGCCUGGAGAGAGGCAAAUAAUAAUUGCAUUUAAUGAAAGGUUAUAAAAGAACAGAAUCAAAAAAUAUAAAUUACAGAGAAAUGACAAAUAGAGCAUUGGACACCAAACCUCAAAAUACGUGAACGAGAGGUCAUCCCUUAAAUGUCAGGAGCUCCAGGAAUACCAGGUUUGCCUGGCAGGGAUAAACAGUGGAGUUAGUUGAGUUCAACAAGUAUUUGGUCAAGGUGCUGUCCCAGCAGCCAGUUCCCUAACGGGAGCUGAGGAAACACAAGGACACUGUGGACUGCUGAUGGAAAGAGAACCGGGGUUUCUAGGAAUCUUUAAAGGACACAGUCAUAGAGACAAUCAUCAUGGUCAGUCACUGGCUAUUUUUCCAAUUGGGUUUCAGAAACCUCAGCUAAAAAAGUGAAGACGCUGGACUAGUUGUUCCUUCAGGUCCUUUCAGCUCCACUUGCAUAGGCUAUGCUCUGGUGCCAAUGUUAGUCAUGCUCCAUGUCAGUAGGACUCUUCAUCCAGUCUUGGGAAGCAAGAAGUUAAGAUUUGAAUACUGGGGAAAGCAGCUGGCCCAUCUUUCCCCUGUUUGUGUCUCUUUCGUUUACCAUCUGCCCCAAAGACCCUGCAACCCUCUGUUUAGUAGCUGCCUUCAAAACACAGAGAAACAUGGUGGGUCGCGAUCUCAUUGGCACCCUGCUCUGGAAGUUCCCCUAGCAUCGUCCAGCAUAAUGGUGGUGUGAGGGUGAAGAGGACUUCAUGGGAUUUGGGUGCUACCCAAAACAGAAGUGUAGGUCUCACCCUCCAUGAUACGAAGGGGCCAUGGCUGACCAACAGUUUAUAAAUAUGUCCUUUUAUAUAAAAGACUGAGGAAAUCGAAGGAAGAAAAAACAGGAAAGAUUCUGGGAAUAUCUGUCACAUAGUUAUGGCAAAACCAGACUAGAGAAAAGGCAAGUCCUCCCUAUCGGAUCUUUUAGUAAUAGGAAAAUGUAACUAUUAAUUUUUAAAAACACACACACAAGCUACAGAGUAGCAUCUCCUUUGUGGUAUGUGUUAGUAUGAUUUUGUUUCUAGUACUAAGAAUCAGUCAAAUGUAGUGGCUUGAUUCCAGCCAGCCAGAGAAAGAAAUUCCAGCCUCCUCUCCUGGUCCCAUCUUCUGCCUGAGAUCAAGCCCUCAGCGCUGGCUGUGGACUCCCUCUAGCCACACUGUGACUGAAGCCUUAAGCACCGUGGUCUUGCCUCCCUGUGCUUCAGGAUCAGUGCCCCCCAUGUGGUUUCCAAGGGGAGCAGUUCUGGAGAAGCAGAUGUCCACUCAGAUCCUGACAGCAACCAACUGGACCACAGCGUCUAAGGGUUUUGAAGUACUGGGGUAGCAGAGGGAAGAAUUUGAACAGCUCUCACUCUGAGUCAGCAUUUGUUUAACCUUUGUGUCAGCCUGCCAACAGAACCUAGAGAAAGUUUACCAUAUUCAGGAAAUGAAACAACCAGUGUUUUAAGCCUGGAAGUGAUAAAAAAGCACCCCCUCCUCACUCUCCACUUGUGAUGCUCAUCGUGAAUUUCAAUAUGUCAGGAUGGAGGGACCCAGGAUCCCAGUGAAUGAUUCAGCUGGUCCAAGACUUGGGUUUUCCUUUCUUCAUCAUCCAUCCUCAUUCAGUGUUGUGAUUUAUUUUAUGUAAAAAGUUUACUUAAAAAAAUAUGUGCCUCUGUAAUAAAGUCUACACACUGGCUAACUCUGUAGAGGUGAGGUUUUGUUUUCAGCUGUUCCGCUGAUUAUCACCUGUAACCCCCUUUUUGAGCUAUGAAAAAGACCUAUUAAUAAAAACUUUUAAACAAAA